AUGGGGUCUCAGGAGAGGACAGGAAAUAUUGGGUCCUGGGGGAGGACAGGAAAUCUAGGGUCCUGGGGGAGGACAGGAAAUCUAGGGUCCUGGGGGAGGACAGGAAAUCUAGGGUCCCGGGAGUCUCACAAGAGUACAGGAAAUCUGGGGUCUCGGGAGAUGAUAGGAAAUCUGGGGUCUCGGGAGAUGAUAGGAAAUCUGGGGUCUCGGGAGAUGAUAGGAAAUCUGGGGUCUCGGGAGAUGAUAGGAAAUCUGGAGUCUCUGGAGAUGAUAGGAAAUCUGGGGACUCAUAAGAGGACUGGAAGUCUGGGUCUCAGAAGAUGA